AUGAGACCCUCAACGAUUUCUCUCGCUUCCUUUGCCAUGCUGGGCGGUUUUGACAUCGCCCAUGCAGUCUGUACCGGCUCUAACCUCGCCAUCGGAACCCCGGUAGACCUUGGAACCGGUUCUACACAAUAUAAUGUCUACGACGGAAGCUGCAAGACCGUCCAAAACCUCCAGAUCAGCACCAGCAUCGGCCCAUGUAUCUCAGAGUACUUCCUCUGUGCCGUGGGAACGAAGACGAUUGAAGGCUACGAUGAUCCAACAACCGGAAUAUCGUAUAACUGCCAAGCUGACACGGCUUCUGAGUCCUGCGGAAGUGACGUAGUCAGUCUAUGCUGUAGCGAAGGAUUCCGGGCUUGA